UAGUCACGUAAUCGUCAAUAACUUCUUAAUUCUUUAAUCCUUUAUCUUCAAAUUCAACUAUAAAUGUAAUGUCACAAUUCACAAUACACAAUACACAAUACAGACAUACCAUAACCAGCUAAUUAGAAUAAAGGCUUUAUACCCAUAAGUAUUAGCUAGCAAUUAUGCCGCCCUCAACCACCACUGCUGCAGAAGAGCAGCAGCUUCUAUCGACAGAGAUCGUGAACCGUGGCACAGACACGUUCUCUGUACGAGUACGAAGGCGGUUACCACUACCCGACUUUGUAAACUCAGUCAACUUAAAGUAUGUGAAAUUGGGGUACCAUUAUUUGAUAAAUCAUGCAAUAUAUUUGGCUACAAUACCGGCUCUGGUGCUGGUGUUUAGUGCAGAAAUUGGUAGUCUUAGUAGAGAAGAACUGUGGAACAAGUUAUGGGAUUAUGAUCUUGCUACGGUUCUUGCUUCUUUUGGUGUCUUUGUGUUUACUCUAUCUGUUUACUUCUUGUCUCGUCCUCGACCUAUUUAUCUUCUUGACUUUGCUUGUUAUAAGCCUAGUGAUGAUCUCAAGGCAAGUAAGGAAGAAUUCAUUGAGAUGGCACGUCAAUCAGGCAAAUUUGACGAGGAAACCUUAAAAUUCAAGCGUAGGAUCUUGGACUCUUCAGGAAUAGGAGACGAAACAUACGUACCAAAAUCCAUAACAUCAUCACAAAACAUAGCAACCAUGAAAGAAGGUCGAGAUGAAGCAGCAACAGUCAUAUUCGGAGCACUCGACGAGCUCUUCGAAAAGACUCGAAUCCGACCCAAAGACGUGGGUGUACUAGUUGUUAACUGCAGCAUCUUUAACCCGACUCCAUCGCUCUCGGCUAUGAUUAUAAACCACUACAAAAUGAGGGGUAACAUUUUGAGUUACAACCUUGGUGGAAUGGGAUGUAGUGCAAGUAUCAUUUCUCUAGACUUGGCCCGUGAUAUGCUUCAAGCUAACCCGAAUAACUUUGCAGUUGUGGUAAGCACCGAAAUGGUCGGGUUUAAUUGGUAUCCAGGUCGUGAUCGAUCUAUGCUUAUUCCCAAUUGCUUCUUUAGAAUGGGUUGCUCGGCUGUUUUGCUCUCUAAUCGUCGUCGUGAUUUUCGUCGUGCCAAGUAUCGUCUUGAACAUGUUGUUCGUACACAUAAGGGAGCUGAUGAUCGUAGUUUCAGGAGUGUAUACCAAGAAGAAGAUGAACAAGGAUUCAAAGGAAUUAAAGUUAGUCGUGAUCUAAUGGAAAUUGGCGGAGAUGCACUCAAGACCAACAUAACUACUCUAGGACCAUUAGUGUUGCCUGUAUCAGAACAACUCUUGUUCUUCAGCACAUUAGUCAAACGCCAAUUAUUUGGUGGAAAAGAUGAGAAGCAAAACAACACCAGAUCUGGUUCUUCUUCGUCGUCAUCGUCUUCAAAGCCAUACAUACCCGAUUACAAGCUUGCGUUCGAGCAUUUUUGCGUGCACGCAGCAAGCAAGACUGUGCUGGAUGAGCUCCAGCGCAACUUAGAGCUGAGCGAUGAAAAUAUAGAGCCUUCUCGUAUGACUCUGCACCGUUUUGGCAACACUUCAAGCAGCAGUAUUUGGUACGAACUAGCUUAUUUGGAAGCCAAGGGGAAGAUUCAUUCAGGGGAUCGUAUUUGGCAGCUCGCAUUUGGAUCUGGUUUCAAGUGCAACAGUGCUGUUUGGAAGGCAGUUAGACGUAUUAAGAAGCCGAGCUCAAGGAAUCCAUGGCUUCACUGCAUCGACAGAUACCCUGUUGCUGACAUUUAAAUCCGGGAGGAAAAGUUAGUGGGUUAAUCCAAGACGCUUAAUUUUAUCAUGGUUUGUCUUAGUAAUAUCAUUAACAUAAGGUUAUUUUACAAGCUUAUUUGUUUAUUAGAGUGCAAUUUUAUUUCUUCAUCUCCUUGUAGGAUGCAUAAGUGUAUCAAUACAGUUGUUUGGAUUCUUUCUAUAUAUCAUGUAGCCUUUACCCGGUCAAUAUAGACAACAGUAUAAUAUAUAAAUUGCAUAUCAGCAAUGAAGAAUA